GUAAGUCACCUAUUCUGGGGAUCCAACCAACGCAUUCGCAUCUCAGUGCGUCAUAACUGGCGCUUUCAGACAGCGUGACAAAGCGAGGCAUCUCAAUCUCUUUAGUCGGAAGGACCACCAGCAGGAUCCCGACUAUUGCCAAGAUCAGCAGCACAACCGCAGGGAUGGUUAGGGCGUACCGGAGACCCAUAAUGGUUCUGCACGUUCAGUGCGGCGGGCAGCGCUGCGUAAAAGUGCUUGAGCACAUAAUGCCUAGAAGAAAAGUCAGAGAGAGAUGGAGGCUUGAGGAGACCCAACAACAACAACAGGUGAAGAAGAUCGGGACAGUACACAGGAUGAUACCAGAGUUAGCAGGCCCACAGAGUCUGGGCCCUCAUGGGCUGUAAAGGAGCCUUUGAGAGGAAGAAGGGGCUGGUAGAGGCGAGAUGCGAGGAGAGAUUGACAGGGGUUGAUGGCAGCCCUUGUGGAGGUCACAGCCAGAUCAUUUCAUUUUUUCGUGCUGUGGUGCCAUGCCCAGGGGGAGAAUCACCCGUCUCCUAAUUUUAACCAGUAUGUGAGGACACAGGGCGCAGUGACGGACCAGCUCAGCCGCAGACAGGUCAGGGUGUACCAGCUCUACAGCCGCACCAGCGGGAAACACGUCCAGAUCCAGGGCAAAAGGAUCACCGCCACAGCUGAGGACGGGAAUAUGUACGCUCGUCUUUUUGUUGAGACAGAUACCUUUGGCAGUCGAGUGAGGAUAAGAGGUGCGGAGAGUGGGCGCUACCUCUGCAUGAACUGGAAGGGGAAACUUGUUGGAAAGCCCAACGGCCGGAGCAGGGAUUGUAUCUUCACAGAGAUAGUGCUGGAGAACAAUUACACUGCCUUCCAGAAUGCCAAGUAUGAGGGCUGGUAUGUGGCUUUCACCAGGAAAGGGAGGCCCAUCAAAGCUUCGAGAACGAGGGAGAACCAGAGAGAGGUCCAUUUCAUCAAGAGGCUACACACGGGCCCACCUCCCUUCCCCAACACGGACCAAAGCAAACACUUUGAGUUCAUCCGAUUUCCACCCACACGUCGAGCGAAGCGGAACAGGAAAUCACCUACCUCUUCCUAACACACAGCAAAAGAAAUGGACAGAUGACAGUUGUGAUAUAGGAAGAAACAGAUGCAAUUUUAUUUUUGUAUAUUUUUGAUAGGUACAAGAUGGUUAAAAUAUGCCAUAUAUGAUGGAGUAAUACUGCUGUAAAAUGAUUGUGUAAAUACAGAAAGAGAGAGUAAAGAAGAUGGAUUAUAUUUAAUUGUCCUGUGUG